AUGCUGGGCUUUCAUUGGAGCUUCAUCGCCUUGCUGGGUUUCCAGACAGUUCCCGCAUGCUCCCGCGAGGUGAAGCUCUUGCCAUACUUGUUGGGAACGGCUCCGAGGCCAGCCAAGUGGCUGGCGCUGAAGAAUUCCAAUGAAAGGAAGAAAUUUCGGCAAGCCACAUGCUCAUUUGCCUCGAUCGGCUUCAUGAGCAACCUGGCGCGACUGACCUUCAUGAUGCGAAACAUCGUGAACUCCUGCCCUCAGUCGGCAAUUGAUACUGCAUCCUACCAGCCUGGGGAAGAGGCCACACUUCCGGUUAAAGUUUGCCUGCUGAGUACCACCGCCUUGUUUGCGGCUCUGGCUCAACUUGCACGAUCCCUAACGGUCCUGAUCUCCACCUGCGAACGCACUGCCACAGUGGAUGAGGGCUGCGCCGCGUCGAUUGAGACCUUGAUGGUGCCCGCCGUGCUCUUCAUCAACGGCGGCAUCGCCAUCUCUGCAGCCUGCGACAAAGGAGCUAUUGACCUUCCGAAAGAGAUUGAGCCGGGGCGACGUUUGAUGAAUCCAUUGGAUUUGCCUGUGAAGCGUCAAUGGGACAUUGCUCAAUGUACAGUGGAUGCCAUUGACGCGACGCGCUCGGUGGCGGCGAUAGGCUUGUCCAUGGACGCGGUGGCACGGAAUUGCCCGGUGAACUACGCGACGCCCUUCACGGAGGAGCUCAGCCGGACUGCCUGCACGGUGGACGUUUCAGUGCUGCUGACCUCCUUUACAAGACUGGUUUUCUAUCUCGCUCUGGCAGUGAAUCACUGCUCCCCAGAACCUGAGAGAGAUGCCAUUUGCCUGGUGGGCGUGGCGGCCAUUGCUGCUGGAGGGACCACCACAUCUGCCGGUGCCGCGGGGACCCAUGCCAAUGAGACACUGCCUGAAGAAGAUGCGGCUGCCGCUGCCGCUGCAGAUGCCGCUGUCAACAACGCGCCCUUCAAUAUCAUUCGGCGGUUGGUGAAGCGAAGGCGGCUCAGAAGUCUAAAUCGGAGCCGAGAAAUGGAGCGAAUUGAUGAGAUCUGGCUGAAGCUGGGAUACAACCUCUCAGAUGCAAAUGCAAGUUGGUUGAAGGAGGACAGCAACCCGGAGAUCUUAGAGAUCCAGGAAUGUGGCGUCAUCUCUGACCGCUUCGCAGCCGGAAUGGGCUCCUGGCAUGCCAUUGAAGGUGCGGGGUGGCGCAACGAGGUUUUGGGGGAGCCUAUGACGCUGGAAGAAGAUGCCUUGGCAUGCCAAGCGAGAUGUUCCGGGAGACUUGGCACGGUUGAAGCCGCUAUUCGCACGCUGGUUUGGGAAUAUCAUGAAAUGCUAGUCAGAGCCAUGGUUGAGCUAGGGCUCUGCCAUUUGGCGCCAGCCAAUGCGACAAAGCUCCAGCCAGUGCUGAAUUUUGUGGGAGGGCCCAAGGUGUGCGAAUAUGAAUUCAAGACCCAAGAUGGUGAAUUCACCCAAGAUGGUGGUGACACGCAGUGGCCUAUGUUGGGACAAUGUACCCUUGUAGGCUUUCUUGCUGUGUUGAUUAUUAGUGCAGUGAUUUGUCAGCCCCAUAAGGAGAUUUUUGGGUUCAACUUUCAUCGCAUAGGACGUAUGGCCUCGCCAUACGCUGCUGCGCCAAUAGUGCCUGCUGUUGAGGAAGAUGCAUAG